AUGGCCGCUGACGCCGAGCACGGACGCCCGUGCGUGGGUGACAGGAGCCUGGAGCAGAGCCGCAGCCCCAGCCUCUCCCAGGAGGUGCUCUGCGAAGUCUUCCGCUCCCUGCACACCCUGGCCGGGCAACUUAAUCUCCAAGAAGAUGUGGUGAAAAUUGCAAUCGAUUGGAACAAGCUCCAGAGCCUCUCGGCAUUCCAGCCUGCUUUGCUGUUCAGUGCUCUUGAGCAACACGUUUUGUAUUUACAGCCUUUUUUAGCAAAACUUCAGCCUCUGAUUAAAGAGGAGAAUACAACUGUUGUUGAAGAGAUAGGAAAAGCAGAAACAAGGCACAAGAAUGAAGUAGAUGGCAAAUUUCCCAUUGGGGACCUACAGGAGGAAGAAAAGCACAAAGAUUGUGAUCUAGGAGAUGUGAAAAAGACACAGGCCCAUUUUGAUCCAGAAGUAGUUCAAAUAAAGGCUGGGAAAGCAGAAAUUGACAGACGAAUAUCUGCAUUUAUUGAAAGAAAGCAAGCUGAAAUCAAUGAAAACAACGUCAGGGAAUUUUGCAAUGUUAUUGAUUGUAAUCAAGAAAAUAGUUGUGCAAGAACUGAUGCCGUUUUUACCCCUUACCCUGGAUUUAAAAGUCAUGUAAAAGUUUCUAGAGUUGUGAAUACAUAUGGACCACAGACUCGACCUGAAGGAAUUCAAGGGUCAGGUCAUAAACCAAGCAGCAUGCUCCGAGAUUGUGGUAAUCAGGCUGUAGAAGAACGGCUACAAAAUAUUGAAGCUCAUUUGCGAUUGCAGGCAGGUGGUCCUGUGCCAAGAGACAUUUAUCAGAGAAUUAAAAAACUUGAGGAUAAAAUCCUUGAAUUGGAAGGCAUCUCUCCUGAGUAUUUUCAAUCUGUAAACUUUUCUGGCAAAAGAAGAAAAGUUCAACCACCUCAGCAGAACUAUUCCCUGGCUGAGCUUGAUGAGAAAAUUAGUGCUCUCAAACAGGUCCUGCUUCGGAAAUCAAGAGAAGCGGACUCCAUGGCAACUCACCACCUCCCAUGA